GCCUGUUCGCCAGAGUUUUUAUUUCCGCGAUCGAGCCGAGACAGGAUCGAAAUGUCAGAGUUUGGACGAUGGUUUUCGAGUUUGUGUAAUGUCAGUGACAAGUGACGCCUUUGCGCUUCUCGCGGCGCAUUCUUCGCGCGAAACGAUGCCAAGGGGAUAAAUUAUGCCACGAAAGGAGAACACCAAAGCGAAAACAUGGGAGCGAGACAGAAGAAAACGUAUGAACACUUACUUCAAAACCUUGGCAGAUCUUCUGCCGCCGCACCAAGAAGGUCGCAAACGCAACAAGGUCGACAUCCUAAUCCAGGCAUCAAAGUACAUCAAAGACCUCCAUAGCCGCACAGACGAAUUGUUCUCUGCUCAUGCUUCAGAAGCACACAAGGAAGAAUUGGCUCGUCUUAAAAAGCUUGUAACCCAGUUGUUCUCUCGCACACAGUUGUUGUCUACAUUGUUGCGUGAAGCUGGGAUCACUGUACCUGCAGAACCAGCCCUUGAAAAGAUAUCCCCUCUAAAGUGGUCGAAUAAAAUUAAUGUGGAGGAUGCAGAGAAGUACUUCGAUAAGCUAGAAGAAAUAAAAAGUUCUGAGAACAAGAAGAAGAAAAAGUCUGCAGAGCUUAAAGUGCCUUCUAAAAGAAAAUGUGUGAAUUCUUCUCAGUCGUCUACCAAAAAGUUGGCAGAGAGUAGUGAUAUUUCUAAGGAUGUGAAUAGCUCAAUUGAAAAUCAGGAGAAUCAAGUGAAUUCUGCGAAUAGUAAAGAUGAGAACUUGGAAGCAGCAGGAAAUAUUUCAGAAUCUGGUUCAAAGGAGUCCGGAUGUUGUCAAACGAACACAAGUUCAGAUGUAUCAGAGAAUAGUCCAUUGAAUGGUAAAGCGAGUAAUGCAUUGCAGAAAGUGGAAUCUCAAAAGAAAGUAAAGAAAAAGACUAAGAAGAAGGACGGAAAAAAGUGUGCAACACCCUGUAUAAACAAUUCUGUGACCAAUUUAACACCAAACACUCUGAUACUGUCCGGUGGUAAAUUAAUGCCAUUAGUAACCCCCAUGACAUCAAACAUCAUUGUGAACGCUCCGCAGCAGCCAACAAACCCGAUAAUUCUUAGCAAUACGCAACAGAAUCAGAUGUUUGUUAUGCAACCAUUGCCCAACCGUGUACAGAACUCCGUCGUCUCUAUUUGUAACCAAGCUUUGAUCAACACUGUACAAAAGGUGACCUUGAAUACCGUCCCGAACAUCCAUACAAAUGUGGUAGUUGACUCACAGAACUGGGCGUCGAACGUCAAGAAUAUAAUCAACGCGACGAAAAUCGGUGGACACAAGGGCAUCUUGCCCAAGGGCAAGGAGGUCACGAAAACGACAAUGGCGUACAAAGUUCCUAUCCCGGCGGUUCACAAAGAGAAAGUGGAGAAACUGAAAGAAACUAAGAAGGAAGAGAUCAAAUCGAAAGUGAAUAAAAGUCACACGAAAAGUACGAAAAAUCAACAGCUCCUGGAAACAACGGACGAAAAGAUCGAUAAAGAUAAAUGCGGGAAAAGCGAAGAUUCUAGUACUUCCCAGAAAACAUGUCUUAAACGAUCUUCGAGCGCAGAAGAUGAAAAUACCGACGAGCCAGUCGAUAAAAGGCAAAAGACAAACGAGAGCGAUGAUAACCUUGUUAAGACGCUGUCUGCGUCAAAGACAGAUUUUGCUGUAACUUGUAAAUCCAUCGAAAGUUUGAGGCAUGUGAUAGAGAAGAUAGGCGAGAACACAGAAACUUCAGAUAACAAUCACGUCUUGAUGGAAUCGAAUGAGAAAGAAAUCGGGACCAACGUCGAAUGUCCAGUCUCAUUGUAUUCAUCUAGCAAGGACAUAGCUGACUCUUCAAAGAGUAUAAACAAUAUACAAUGUGAGAACAAGAAGUUAGAAGCAUCAGGCACAGUGUCGCCUGUCGCUUUUUCGGAGGAGCAUCUGAAAUCUAACGAAGUCGAUUCUCCGGACACUGAGUUCAAUAUUCCAGAAGACAACGCCUUAGUAAAGUCAGGAAACACUAUGGACAGUUCAACCUCUAAAUCUCCGUUGACAGAGGUAGAAGAGGCUGUUCAAGAAUCCGCGGAUUCUAAAAAAGUCAAGGAAGUGUGCAAUUUAGGCACUGAGUUCGACAAUCUGUUGCAGGUCACGCCUAAAGACCCUGAAGCUAUCGAAGGAACAACAAAUCUGGAGAGUAACAAAAUCAUUCUAAAUCUCGAUACAAAUAUCACCACAACAUUGAAACCGGAAACAAGUAUAGCGGUUUCAUCUGAUCCCUCCACGGAAUCCUCCCCGCUACUUCCAGUUAACAUAGUUGAGGAAGAGGCUAAAUUACCUAAGACGCCAAAGGACGAAGUGCCCAAAACGUCACUGUCAUACAAUACAGAAAACUCUUUCGUUCCCAUUGGCAACAGAGCUGACGGCCUCCACUCUGAUCUAUCUAACGACAUAUUCGCUUCCUUACAAGUUCCUUCCAGUUCCCAUAAUUCUGAAUCUAUAUCGCCCACAGCAGCGUUCCUAAUGGCUUUUCCGCUGGUGUCCUCUUUAAACGGUAAAACCGAGGUACUAGAAGAGGAUAUGAAAGAGGACUUCAAGUACCAUAGUCAGACUCCACCGAUGCUGUUGCAAAUUGGGACCAUGGAACCCAAUAGUUUUAAGAUAAAAACAUCGUCGCCGUCCCAUUCAAUCGCCGAGAAACGUUUGAAGGCAGCUUGCGAUGAGAAGAAAAGUCUGAAUCCUCCUGCAAGCGAAGCUGUAGCUUCGGAGAUGAUUGUCUCUGUGGAAUGCAGCACUGCUACUAAGGCCUUGCCCAAGGUAGUCAAUGAUGAGCCACUUAGGGAGCCCUAUAAGAUUGUUCAGAGUGUGCUACCUACUUUAGAAAAGUCUGCAUCUUCUAAUUCAUUCUCUCAGACAACUUUGUACUCCAUUGCAAAUGUGUCAGCUAGUAAUUCAAUCAGUACAAACACUCAAGCAGGAGGAAACUGUCAGAAUCAGCUAACCAGGAGCUUACAGAAUACUAUAACCACUAGUGAGAACAUCAUCGAUUCCCAAAUUGGUACUGUAUCCAAUCCAAAUAAAACAGAUCAAACUAGUUGUCCGGUGCAAGUGUCCACCUGCGACACCAAUGUCCGCUACUCUACAUCCCAAGACUUUCUGUCAAGUUACUCAACGGUUGUGGAUAACACUCUCAACAAUCUACAACAGAGCUCCACUGUUUGCAAUAAUACAACUAUCCCAGAAGUGAACCCUACUGGACUAGGACAAAGUGUAGUCCCUGACGUGUCACAAGUUUCGCAGUUGGUCAACACGACAACCACCACCAGUGCUUCUUCUUUGCAGACCAUGCAGAUAGAUUACACGCCUCAAAUGAAAGAAAAAGAAUUGCAUAGCUCUCGGGUUGCUUAUGCAGUCGAUGGGAAGGAUGCUUUAGUUGAUUCUAACAUUGUAUCCAACACCAGACUUAAUUAUACCGGCCAUGUUGACAGGGUUCUUCCCGCUUCGUCUCAAACUAUGCAACAGGAUUAUUCUAUACAGCCAAAGGAUACACUCCCUAUCCUUUCCAACCAAGAUAUGCAAACUGUCUACGAUCCACAGCCAAAGAACAGUCAUGUUUUAGCUACAUCACAGAGUACACACAACGAGUACGUUGAUCAAAAUAAAAAUCUCUCACGAAAGGACACCAUAUCCUACUCAACCAGCAACACGACUAGCAGAACUCAAAGUUAUUCAAAGGAUUCAGUACCGAAUUCAUCUGAGAGUCAUUUCCAACACAACUACCAGAAGAUGAAGGAUUCUGAAACAACAGUGAAUAAUAUUGUAGAUCAGGACGCAAAGUUAAAUGAUAUGUUGAGAUCGAAGACACAGGAAGCACAGGAUCACAGACACGAGACCAGUUAUACUUCGUCGAAGAAGAUGGACAUUGAUCCGUUUGCUCAAACGUUCUCUUAUGGGGUAAAGGAGUCCAUAAAUACGCAGGCUGAACAGAAUGUUUUGAGUCAGAACACUGAGAACAUGUUCCAAAGAAAGCGAGAAGAUACUCAGAAUUAUAGUUCUUACUCCAACAAGGACAUAAAGAAGAUCAACACCAGUUCUGCAAAUCCUAUAAACAGCAAACCUUUAAUACAAAACGCACCUGUCUCGCGUUACUCGCAGCAGCCGACUUCUUUUGUCGCCACUUCUAACUACGAACAAAGUACAGUCACUGACAAUCAUACUAAGUCAACGACCACCGUGGCUCACUCCUCUAAUUUCAGCAUUCUGUCUUGGACUACUUUGUCGCCUGUCGGUGGUAGUGGCAACAACAACUUGGUGCAGUUUGAGCAAGGUCAGAAUCAGACGGACAACUCAGAGCAGAAAACUAUUUGCGAAAAUUAUAAUUACGUUCCUUUGCACAAAGAGAACUCUAACUAUUCUAAUGUGCUGACAAAUGAUGUUUACUCUAAUAAUUCCACCGUAACUGGUAUAGACAAGUCUAGAAUGAAGUCCGGAAUGGAACCUCAAAAGCAGCCUUUUGUUGAUCCUUCCAAAACAAGAACUAUUCAGACGAAUGUUCAGUCAUCAGGUAAACAGAGUCGCAUGCAGAGUCAAAGUUCAUCUAGUAACAACGACUACGCAAAGUUCAACGCUGAAAAUAAGAACAAAUCUAAGUAUGCCAUAGAGUCGGAGUAUAUUCAGAAUGAGUACUCUGGAAUGGAGCAGCAAUCCCAGCAACAGCAACAUGGACCAAAGACUCACCAGUCCAUGCCUCAAAAGCAGGACAAAGCUGUGUAUCCGAUGUCCACUUACGAUACUCAGGUAAAUUUCGAUUUGCCUGAGGUCAGCACACAGAUGAAAUACUCCGUGGACUAUACUAGUUCGAACUUCAAAUAUCCGGACAAGUCUCAGCAACAGAAUCAGAAUAAGUAUCAGCCGUUGGUUCAAGGACAGAUUCCCACUCUACAGCAUGAAAGUGUAUCGUAUAAUAAUGAUGGGAAGCAUGGGCAACAACAGAGUACAACAAAGACUAAGACGAAUCAACAACAGCAUGCUAUUAGAGCCCCUGUAAACUGGAUGAUGCCGCCUGAAAUCAAGCACAAUGCAAACAUCGCUGAUAUGAUUUUACCGCCUAUUGGAAAGGAGCUCGACUUUUGUCAAAACAAUCUCUUCGCUCAAACUCCAUCGUACAAUCAAGGAACACCUAACCAGUUUUAUAACAAUUACGAUGUGGCAGCUCAUAGUUUUCCCAAUUUACCAGUUCUGCAAAGUGAACCCAAGAGGACUUCAGAGGUAUUUUAUUCCGAGGAACAACCGUUUCCAUGGUCUCCUACGAAGACUACCGUUCACGUUGAACAGAGUCAACCGGUUAAAGGUAUAGAUCAGCACAUUGUGCCCUCCAGUCUUCCAACACUGGUCGGUGAUUUGGACUUGGGCACUAACAUCCCUGAGAAGCAGAACUUCCUGUUCGGGCAAGUGCCGUCCAGAGUCUCAGCCGACCAGAGCAAAGACCCUAGCAAGGACAAGGAAGGUAAUGUCACUGGCCGUGACUUCCACACUGUUUUGAAUACCCAAGCUAUACAACAUCCAGGUUCUGUCUCAUCGUUUCUUUCUGUGAGUCAACUGGUGGAGCAUGAGAAGGCUGAGAAGUCUCAUCAACAACACCAUCAGCAACAUCAUCAUCACCCUCAUCACCACCAUCACUCUCAUCCACACCAACAACAACAACAGCAACAACAACAACAACAAGCUAGGAAGCAUCAAAGGAAGAGUAAUACCAGUCCCAGAGGAAACAGCAAACGACAAAUGGACAUUAGAAAACAGACAUCAGGCAAUGAUCAGCUGCAUCAGAGACACGAGGACCAGAAGUCGUCUGGUCAUACUUUCUCGGAGCAAGGAUAUCAACAGCAACAACAACAACAGCAAAAAUAUCAACAAAAUAAUGUUCAUUGGAGAAGCAGGAAUUGCAAGAGCAAUUACACUGCAGAGGCAUUGAUAGGAACAAAUAGCAGCGUUCAUGACACGAUUCAGGACAAGCACGCGUCUAUAAAGUUCACAAAUAAUUAUCCUCAGAAUAAAUUUCAAACUAGUCUACCAACUGCAGAUACAGUCAUGCCAAUUAACUAUUUUUCUAAUACCGAUGACGGGAGUGGAUAUGGACAAAUGGUUAAUCAGAACUUCAAUUCGUACACGUACUCUUCCAAUGCUAACAUUUAUCCUACUUCAAAUUUCAUAACAAGCAUAUCUAACACUCCUACUAGUUAUAUGAUGCCACUACAUGACAACACUGAUUAUAUGGAAGCGAAUGCUUUUCUUCUGCCGAACGUGGCAACUUCCUCGACUGUCACUUCAUCAUCAACGUCUACAGUAACAACUUCGACUUCCAAUGUAAAUAGCAAUACAAAGAACCAUCAGCAUUACGCAAAGCAUCCGCAUUGUGACAAAAGAAUAUACUCAACCAACGCGAAGAAAGGGAAAAGAAAGGGUCUGGAUGGGACCAUGCAGAACUUGGAGUUCCCUCUUUCUGGAAUUAACUCGCCCUUGGAGGAUUAUCACCAUUCCGCUACUUUCUUGCCACCGCCGCCACCCCCACACGCCAGCCCCCUUUAUCAAAAUCACCCGCAAGCGAAUGUGUAUACUAAAGCUGUAAAUAGUUUGCCACCACCUCCAGCGGUUGCUGGCCCUCAAGGCGUACCGACCGUGGGGACAGCAGGAUUUUCAAUGAAUCCAAACAUGCCAAGGGGAGGAAUCGUUUCCAGUAAUCCCAUGGCCAUGAGCCAUCAUCCUUCCGGCACCAGUCUCACUAACUUCAACUUGAGUACCAUAUUUCCUGAGAUGAAUGACAAAAUUACGGGGUAUAAACCACCAAACGGUAUACCAACCGGUUUAACACAACCGCCCAACCAAACGACAGCAUACGCACAGAGAACCAAUUAUACAGCAAAUCCCCUCUGCCAUUUACCACAGGUGUCGGAAGGAAGCCAGUUUGGUAACGGCGUUCCUCCUCCUCCACCACCACCUCCUCCCGGAGUAAUACAUUAUAAGAAUGUGUGAUAAAGUAAGUACGAAUGCGGAAUGAGAAUCAUUGAUUACUGUACAUAUGUAUAUAAUUACGUAAAUGAUUUAAAUUAAAAGAAAUUGAUUUAAGCACCAUUCCA